UGAAGCAAGAGCAAUGUACAAUGGAGGACAAGCAGGGCUGACAUAUUGGAGCCCAAAUGUGAACAUAUUGAGAGACCCUCGUUGGGGACGAUGCCAAGAAACUCCUGGAGAAGAUCCCAUCUUGUCUGGAAAGUAUGCAGCAAAUUAUGUGAAAGGACUCCAAGGUAAUGGAGAAGGGAAUAAUCGCCUUAAGGUUGCUGCUUGUUGCAAGCACUUUACAGCUUAUGAUCUUGACAAUUGGAAUGGUGUGGAUCGUUACCAUUAUAAUGCAAAAGUUAGCAAACAGGAUCUUGAAGAAACUUAUAAUGUACCAUUCAAAUCUUGUGUGUUGGAAGGAAAUGUUGCAAGUGUUAUGUGCUCAUAUAAUCAAGUCAAUGGGAUACCCACUUGUGCUGAUCCUAAUCUCCUAAAAGACUUAAUAAGAGGCCAAUGGCAUCUUAAUGGGUACAUUGUCUCAGAUUGUGAUUCAGUUGGUGUCUUGUAUGAUAGCCAACAUUAUACUAAGACACCAGAAGAAGCUGCAGCUAUUACAAUUAAAGCGGGAUUGGAUUUGGAUUGUGGCCCAUUUCUCAAGGACCACACACAAGGAGCUGUGAACAGAAGUUUGGUAAGUGAGAUUGACAUCAAUAAUGCCCUCACUAACACAAUCAAAGUCCAGAUGAGAUUAGGCAUGUUUGAUGGUGAACCAUCAUCUCAACCAUUCGGUAAAUUAGGCCCAAAUGAUGUGUGCAGCCCAACCCAUCAACAAUUGGCUAUUGAAGCUGCCCACCAAGGCAUUGUUCUAUUAAAAAACCAUGGACGCACCUUACCACUCUCUACUAAACGCUAUAAAACUCUAGCUAUCAUUGGACCUAAUUCUAAUGUCACUGACACUAUGAUAGGAAACUAUGCUGGUAUUCCUUGUGGCUAUACCACACCAUUACAAGGAAUAGGAAAAUAUGCAAAAACCAUGUACCAACAAGGUUGUGUUGAUGUUUCUUGUUAUGACAAUGAACACUUUAAAACGGCAGAGGUUAUAGCUGGACAAGGUGAUGCCACAAUAUUAUUUAUGGGCUUAGAUCAAUCCAUUGAGGCUGAAUCUAAAGAUAGGGUUGACAUUCUUUUACCUGGGCGCCAACAAGAACUUGUUUCUAGAGUGGCUGCAGCCUCAAAAGGCCCAGUGAUACUAGUGUUGAUGUCUGGUGGUCCUAUUGAUAUUUCAUUUGCAAAGAGAAAUCCUCGCAUAGGUGCCAUCCUUUGGGCUGGAUACCCAGGACAAGGUGGGGGAGCUGCUAUUGCUGAUAUUCUCUUUGGUACUAAGAAUCCAGGAGGAAAACUUCCAAUGACAUGGUACCCACAAAAGUACCUAGCUAAGGUUCCAAUGACAAUCAUGGAUCUUAGACCAAACAAAAAGACAGGAUACCCAGGAAGAACACAUCGUUUCUACAAAGGCCCUGUUGUUUUUCCUUUCGGCUAUGGUCUUAGCUACACCAAGUUCACUCAUAACAUAGCCAAAGCUCCAACACUCAUCUCUGUCCCAAUUCUCAACUCAAACAAAACAACAACAACAAAUGCUCACAUUAGAAUUGCUCAUACCAACUGCAAUUCACUCAUUUUAGGAGUUCAUAUUGAUGUGGAGAAUAUUGGGCUUAUGGAUGGGACACACACUGUACUUCUUUACUCAAAUCCACCUACUAAAAAAUUGGGUAAUACCCAAAAACAAUUAGUGGGCUUUAGAAAAUUACAUUUAGCUGCUAAAUCAAGACAACAAGUUAGAAUUGAUAUCCAUGUUUGCAAGCAUUUAAGUGUUGUUGACCAAUUUGGAGUUCGAAAGAUUCCAAUGGGCAAACAUACACUUUACAUUGGUGAUGAUGAACAUGUCAAGCACUCUGUUUCUUUCCAACCAAAGAUUUAGGAGAAGUUAAGAAGUCCUAGAGUUCUUGUUGUUCAUAUUCAAAUAUAUUUAUAUUGUAUCUUUCAAAGAAAUAAAAUAUAUGUGUAUUGUAUCUUAAUUAUUGCAAUAAGGGAGUUGGAUAAAUUUAAGUAUAUGAAUAAAUGUGAACGUAUUUUCCAUACAUUAUAUUAAUAUCUUAUUUGCAA